AGGUUAUUAUUAUUUGCGCUUCUCUAAUUUUUCAUUCUGUUCUAUCGUUGCUUUGCUCCUCAAACCCUCCUUUCGAUCCAUCUCAACUUGUUUCCAAUCCAUGCACUUUCAGAUUAUACUUCUCUAGGGUUUCCUUGAAGCGACUCUGGAUCAUUGCUUUUUCUGUGGUCUCCGUGGGUUUUGAAGAUCCUUGGUAGGGCGGGUCGUCCAGGCGGUUCGAUUUCUGGGUUUGCAGAUCUGAGUUUUGCUUGGCAAUCUUUCCCUCCAAUUCACAAUGUUUUGGCGCAUGGCCGGAUUGUCCACAGCGUCUCCUGUGGAGACAAUUUUGGAUAGGGAAAAUUUUACAUUAGAGGAGCUUCUAGAUGAGGAUGAAAUAAUUCAGGAAUGCAAAGCACUUAAUAGUCGACUUAUUAACUUCUUGAGAGAAAGAACACAGAUUGAACAGCUCAUCAGAUAUAUUGUUGAAGAAGCUCCUGAAGAGGCUGAGAAGAAACGAAGUUUUAAGUUUCCUUUCAUCGCUUGUGAGAUUUUUACUUGUGAAGUCGAUAUAAUUCUCAAAGCAUUGGUGGAGGACGAAGAGUUGAUGAACUUGUUGUUUUCCUUCCUAGAACCCAACUCUUCUCAUAGCACACUAUUGGCUGGCUACUUCAGCAAGGUUGUCAUAUGCUUAUUGUUGCGGAAGACAAUUCCAUUUAUGAAAUAUGUUCAAGAACAUCAAGCAAUUGUAAAGAAGCUAGUUGAUCUGAUAGGAAUUACUUCCAUCAUGGAGGUUUUGAUUAGGCUUCUUGGCGCCGAUGAACAUCUGUAUUCAAGCUAUACAGAUUCAAUGAAGUGGAUUGAAGAGACUGAUGUGCUGGAGAUGAUAGUGGACAAGUUCAGUUCUUCAGAUUGUUCAGAAGUUCAUUCUAAUGCAGCAGAAACACUUUGUGCUAUUACUCGAUUUGCUCCUCCUGGUCUUUUGGCUAAAAUUUCCAGCCCAAGUUUUGUAGGAAGACUGUUUUGCCAUGCUUUGGAAGAUUCACGACCAACAUCUGUUUUAAUAAAUUCGUUAUCAGUGUGCAUAUCCUUGUUGGAUCCUAGGAGGCUAACAGCUGGAACAGCUUAUUCAUACAACCGCCAAAUGACUCAUGGAUCUACUGUUUCAGCAACUAUGGAAACUGUAGAGGGCAUGUUGGAGAGUUUAGGCAGGUUGCUCAAGCUGCUGGACGUUUCUUCAUCAGAUAAAAUUUUGGUUACUACAUACGGAAAGUUACAGCCACCUCUUGGGAAACAUCGUCUGAAGAUUGUAGAAUUCAUAUCGGUCUUACUCACGGUGGGUAGUAAAGCUGCCGAGGAGUUGAUUAAUCUUGGAGCAAUUAAACGUAUUUUGGAUUUGUUCUUUGAGUACCCAUACAAUAACUUUCUGCAUCACCAUGUAGAAAAUAUUGUAGUGUCAUGUUUAGAGAGCAAGAAUUCUUCCCUUGUACAGCAUCUUCUUAAUGAGUGUAAUCUUGUGGGGAAGAUACUGAACGCUGAAAAGCAUUUCACUUUGCCAGUUGAUGCGAACAAGCCAACAGUUCCUGCAGAAGGUAGAUCACCACCUAGGAUAGGAAACAUUGGCCACUUAACACACAUAUCUAACAAACUCGUUCAACUGGCAAACAACAGUAGUGAGAUUCAAUCUCAUUUGCAGGAAAACACCGAAUGGAAUGACUGGCAAACAAAUGUUCUUUUGAAGCGUAAUGCAUUGGAAAAUGUCUACCAGUGGGCGUGUGGGCGCCCAACAGCACUGCAGGAUCGAACUAGGGAUAGUGAUGAUGACGAUUACCAAGACAGAGACUAUGAUGUUGCAGCUCUAGCUAAUAACUUGAGCCAAGCCUUUCGAUAUGGCAUUUAUAGCAAUGAUGAUAUGGACGAGGCUCAGGGCUCACUCGAACGUGAUGAUGAGGAUGUUUAUUUUGAUGAUGAAUCUGCAGAAGUUGUUAUAUCCUCUCUGCGUUUAGGUGAUGACCAGGAAAGCGGCUCUCUCUUUACAAAUUCAAAUUGGUUUGCUUUUGAGAAUGAUUUAAUUGCAAAUGAUCGUACAACUGGCUUGCUUGCUUCUCCCCCUCCUGAUAUCAAGGAGACUGGAAUCGUCAAUGAUGGUGGUGAUGAUGUUAUUGUUGGUGAAGAAGAUGAUUUGGAUGACACUGCAACAUCCUCCCCAGGAUCACAAGGAACAUCAGAAAACUCACGCAGUGUAACAAACAAUUCAAAAGAAAUAGUGGCCAACGAGACUGAUAAGCCGCCUGAGUGGGUCGAAUGGAGGGAAACCUCAAAUGAUGAAGGUUCAUCUUUAACACUUCCAAAUGGGGAAGUUUCAGAGGUUACUGAACCACAGGCCACAGAACCCUCUCCAUCCGCAGAGAUUGAUAAAGAAGCUGCUGCUGGGCAGGUAUCAACACCAACCAAUGAUCACGAUAAACUGGAUUCUCCUGAUCCGACAAAAUCGGAUGAAAAAGUUGAUGUAAAAUCAAAAUCUACUACUAGUGAGGAGACAGUCAAUGAUGCAGAAACCAAUGAUGUAACAGUGGACAUCAAGAGCCCAAAGGAAGCUGGGAACUAGGUUCAAAAGAUACGCUGACUGAUAUGUUCAACAUUGAUCCCGUGGGUAGAUGAACCCUUAGGCUUGUUUUGCUGGCUAGGGAAUUGUAUUCUUAGAUCCUUGUGUACAUUAAUCAAUGGAGCAAGGUGAAGGUAUAAUAGGUUGAUUAUUCUUUCUCACCCUCUGUAGAAAAGUUGAGGUCUUAUGUUUGUCUGUGACUCUCAUGGUAUCUCUAUGAAAGAUAAGGUUCUGAUGUCAGAUAUAUAUAUAAUUUUUUGCGGGUAAUUAAAUAGCAUUUAGUUAUUAA